AUGAAGCAUUUCGCAUGCCCUGUUCUACUUGUAGCAGCCGCUGUGGCUGCUCCUGCGCCUGUAACGAAGCGUGGUGGUAUUGUUUCACACCUUUAAUGACUCCGUCAUAUUUGGAAAGCUAACAAAACCAUAUAGAGGUCGCCGAGCGAGCCCCCAUUGCCGAAGCUUUUGCAAGCACCUUUCCCGGGUUCUACGGGAAAUCAGAAGAAGACGUAGCCAAAUUCAUCACCAAGGGAGCCCAAGUCACAACAGAGACAUCCGCGCAGGCCGCCAAAUGGACACGAGACGCCACCGAAGCCGGCGAUGAAGUGAACUACGCCAUCGCCAUGUCCAAGCGCUCGCUACACAUCAGCAAGAGAAUGUCCGAAGACGAAGAAUGGGUCGAAAAGGAAUACGAGCGCGCGGAUUCCCUCGCACGACGAGCGGCUCGCCUUCGACGAGAAGCCGUCGCCGCCGCGGAGACGGCAUCCGAAGGCAAAGGCACCGCGGAGGAAGUCCGAUUUCAGUCUUUCGCGGCUCUGAAUGCGAAGCGCGAAGCGGAAACUGCUCUCGAAGAAGUCGCAGAAGCGUACGCGACGGUCGCCUACGCCUUGAAAAUCCGCUCGAGCCCUCAGAGUGUCGAAUUCUUCACCACGCGCGACCAGACGGCGGCGGAAGGGGCCAUGGGCCGGGAACGGAGGGCCAGGCGGGAGAGUUUCUUUGCGAAUCAGGCCGCGCGGAAGCGGGAGGCUGUUCAUGAGCAGGCUCUGAAAUUGAGGGAUGAGUUUUGA